CAGCCAGCCUCCAGACUUGAGGUUAGCAGCAGUAGUAGCAGUAGCAGCAGCAGCAGCAGCAGCAGGUCAGAGCUAGGAAAGGGAAGAUCGAACUGUGGCGGGGAGUAGCACGGGAUAUUUUGGAAGCCCGAGAUUUCAGCAUCGAGCAGAGAUUUUUGCAAGCCUUUAUUACUUUGCUACCUCUGAUUCCUCUUUGCUGCCAAUUUGGAUCUCAGUCAUCCCAAGUAGGUCUCUCUAAUCCCUAAAUGAAGAGAAGAGUUGGGGGUCCACUACCACGUGAGAGGCCAAAGCAGGAGGGGCAUAUCUGGGGCUCUAUGAAGAGGACAGCCUUCAUUCUGGGCUCUGGUCUGCUUUUGUCUGUGGCUUUUUGGAACUCUGUCACCUGGCAUCUGCAGAAAUUUUGGGGUGCCUCAGGCUACUUCUGGCAAGCCCAAUGGGAGAAGUUACUUUCUACUUAUUCGGGAAAGGAGUGGAUCCUCUUCUUUCUAGGUACAGUUCUUAUACCUACCAUGUUAUUUUGGAGUUUUAAUGCCCUUCUUUUGGUGGUGGACACAACUGGGAAGCCACAUUUUGUCUCCCGCUACCGAAUUCAAGAUGGCAAGAAUGAUCCUGUAGACCCCACGAAACUCCGCCAGGCCGUUCUCACAGUCCUCUUCAACCAGUACAUCAUCUCCCUCCCCGUGCUGGGGCUCUCCUAUCUUUUCCUUAAGUGGCGAGAAAAUCCUUGCCGCCCUGAGCUGCCCACCUUUCACUGGUUCCUCUUGGAGCUGUCUGUCUUCAUACUGACAGAAGAAGUCAUGUUCUACUAUUCACACCGGCUUCUUCAUCACCCCAUGUUCUAUAAGCGAUUCCAUAAGAAGCAUCAUGAGUGGACAGCCCCCAUCGGUGUGGUCUCUCUCUAUGCUCACCCUAUAGAACAUGUGGUGUCCAACUUGCUGCCAGCCAUGGUGGGUCCCAUGGUAAUGGGCUCUCAUCUGCCUUCCAUCACUGUGUGGUUUUCCUUGGCUCUCAUCACCACCACCAUUUCUCACUGUGGUUACCACCUGCCUUUUCUGCCUUCACCGGAAUUCCAUGACUACCAUCACCUCAAAUUCAAUCAGUGCUUUGGAGUGCUGGGGGUACUUGACCAUCUUCAUGGGACCGAUACCACAUUCAAGCAAACGAAGGCUUAUGAAAGACACGUGCUGCUGCUGAACUUAACUCCUCUCUCUGAGAGCAUCCCUGACCCACCCAAAAAGACAGAGCUGAUGAAAUUAUCUUCCAUUAUCAAGGUUACAAAUUGGCAUGGGGAGAGAGGAAAUCCAGGCCACCAAGAUGUGCUUCAGUGAUCUUCACAAUACACUAUACCAAAGCAUCCUCAAAGUUCAGUUUGGCUUGCAGUGGUUUCAACCAACAGUUAAACUUUUCAUUUUUCCAUUGAUUACUCCCACACACCACAGCCACAGAGCACUCAGCCUCUAACUCUCUCUAGGAUGAACAGCAAGACUGGCCUAAUUUUGAUCACAGAUUAUAAGAAGUUUUCCCCACAGCAGGCCCCAAGCCCCCACAUAAGUGGUAGUAUCUCCAUUUUACAGAUGAUGAAACAGACUCAGAAAAGGUAAGGACCUUGCUCAAAGUCAUAUAUUUAAGAAGUGGCAGAGAUGGGACUUGGAUCCAGGUCUUCUGACUCCAAAUUCAAAUAUGUUUUCCCAGUAUGCCACACUUAACUUUCCAAUAACACACUUAAAUCCGAACUACUGAAUUUUAACUGCCACAUUAAUCCUACCAGAGGCUAUGCUCCCCAUUCCCAAAAUCUGCCUUUAGUAAAACUUGAGAGAUGCCUGCAAUGAUGCUUCACUCACAUCAAAGAGAGUGAUGGGGAUAUAAAUCUUAUUUCUUUCAAUUAAAAUACUUUCAAAGUAAUGUCUUAAAAUAAUUUUUUGAAAAAUUUACCUGGCAUAAGAAGUGAGGCCUACAGGGGUAGUCAUUUGUCAUGCUAGAUACCAAAGUUCAGAUGUCACCGCACAUUUUAAUUCCUUUGUGAACCAUACUAGGAAAAAGGCUGAUAUAUAUCAGGUAUGUUAAACGUAUUGUGGACAACACUGAGGGUUGCUAGAACCAGAUUAAAAUGUAAUUGGGAAAUAUUUUAACAAAAGAAAUACAAAGUAACACAGAUAAUGUUAAUAUGUCAUUUUCUAAGUCAACAUGCACUGGCAGAGAGCUUUAUGUACAGUUUAGUGGCCCCUGUUUCUACCACUGAUGUAGAUCAUCAAUGAACAGGCAAACUAUGGUCUUAUCAGCAGAUCACCCAACAAUGUAUGGCUCUCCUUUUCUUUUUUGGCCCUUGUAUCUCUCCUUCUUGCCACUCAAAUCAUCCAUUUCAAACCCCAAUUACAGGGAUCCCCUCUGUGUUGUUGUUCAGUUGCAUCUAACUCUUGGUGACCCUAUUUGGAGUCUUCUUGGCAAAGAUAUUGGAGUGGU